AUGAAAUCGACGUUUAUCUCAGUUGCCACGGCUGCGGCACUCGCCUCCGGCGCGCAAGCUCGUCUCUUCACCGUCUACAAUCAGUGCCCGUUCACCAUCUGGCCUGCAUGGUUCGCACCUCCGGCCCUUAACGCCGCCACCCCCACACAAGCCGCUGGCUGGGAGCAAGCUGCUUACCAGACCGUCUCGUUCGGUGUUCCCGACAACUGGGUUUCCGGCCGCAUCUGGGGUCGUCGCGACUGUGACUUCUCUAGUGUUCAAGGCCCGACGUCGUGCAUCGACGGCGGCUGCAAUGGAGGAUUGGUCUGCGACGUCAAUAACGGCGGAACGGGUGUUCCUCCCGCCUCGCUAGCCGAAUUCACGCUUUCGACCAACCCCAGUGUUCCCGACAACUACGAUGUAUCCCUCGUUGACGGUUAUAACCUGCCCAUCCGCAUCGACAACACGUACGGUUGCCCCGUCGGCUCAUGCCCGGUUGAUCUCGGCCCCGACUGUCCUGCAGCGCUCCAGGGUCCGUAUGACAGUUCGGGCUUCCCUGUCGGCUGCAAGUCAGCGUGCGACGCUCUCGGUGGCGACAACAACUGCUGCACUAACGGUGAUAAUACCGCUGCGACGUGCCCGCCGUCGGGUGUCGAUUACUACUCCUACUUCAAGGACAACUGCCCCGACUCGUACGUAUACGCCUACGAUGAGAGCUCCGGCACGGCGCUCUUCACCUGCUCGCUUCAAAACGGCGUCGGUCCCGACUACACCAUCACCUUCUGCCCUUGA